ACCGCCUGCUGCAAGUGUUUGAAAUAGUAUUUUAUGACGAGCUUAUAUAAAUGUUUGAUAUACCGGUGUAUUAAUUUAUUUUAUAAUGGUGUCAAAAAUAUGUGUUUCCAAUAUGUAUCAGAGUCGAUUUAUGUCUAGAAGUACAAGAAUUGUUAUUACCGACAGUUUACCUGCUCUUGCUUACAAACCAAAAAUCGUUGAGAGAAAUAAAUAUGAUAAUUGGGAAAAUAAAAAAAUAUUCGAAGCUAAGGACAAUGAUGAUCCUGUUUUUAGCAUGGUCCUGCCUCCACCAAAUGUUACUGGAAAACUUCAUUUAGGCCAUGCAUUAUCAUGCACAAUUCAAGAUGUGAUUGCUAUACGGAAACGAUCACUGGGUCAUAACGUCACGUGGGUUCCAGGUACUGAUCAUGCUGGAAUCGCUACACAGAGGGUAGUUGAAAAAUAUCUCAAAUGUAAGCAUAAUAUAGAUCGCCAUGACAUAGGGCGUGAUAAAUUCAAUAUAGAAGUGUGGAAAUGGAAAGAAAAAUAUGGUAACACUAUAACAGAACAACUCAGGCUGAUGGGAUGUUCAUUGGACUGGUCAAAUGAAAUAUUCACAAUGGAUGAAAAUCAUUCUCACGCUGUCACUACUGCAUUUAUAAAUUUGUUCCAAAAAGGAAUGAUUUACAGAAAGAAAGCCCUGGUAAAUUGGUGCAAUGCCUUGAAAUCUACAGUGUCCGAUAUUGAAGUAGAUAAUAUAAGCAUUGAUGGGUUAACUGAAAUGAUGUUGCCAGGGUACAAAAAAGCAGUCAAAUUUGGACAAAUGUAUACAUUUCGAUAUCAGAUUUUUGAUAGUAAUGAAAUAAUUUUGGUGUCAACUACAAUGCCAGAAACUAUGCUGGGAGAUACAGCUAUUGCUGUACAUCCUGAGGAUGAAAGGUAUACACAUCUUAGAGGUAGAAGAGCAAUACACCCAUUCAGGGAUUCAUGUAUUCCUAUUAUUUUUGAUGAAUUCGUUGAUAUGACAUUUGGUACUGGCGCUGUAAAAAUAACUCCAGCGCAUAGCAAAGUUGACUACGAAAUUGCUAAACGCCAUAAUUUAAAGUGUAUUGAAGUGAUUACUGAAAACGGUACAAUGAAGAAUGCAGGAAAAUUUGAUGCUUUAAUGAAAUACGAUUGUAGAGAACUCCUGCUCAAAGAGCUAGAAGAUUUAGGUCUUCUUUAUGAAGUAAAGUCGCAUCAAAUGACGUUGCCUAUUUGUAGUCGAACAGGGGAUGUUAUAGAAUAUUUGCUAAAAGAGCAGUGGUUUCUAGCAUGCAAAAAUAUAAAUAUUAAAGCAGCGAAAGCCGUAAGUGAUGGCCAAUUGAAUUUCGAUCCAGAAAACUGUGCGAAAUUAUGGGAACAUUGGACAGGUGACUGUAGAGAUUGGUGUAUUUCAAGGCAGCUUUGGUGGGGUCAUCAGAUACCAGCAUAUAAAUGUAGUGUCGAUAAAGAUUUUGUCUGGAUCGCAGCAACUAACGAAACAACAGCAAAAGUUGAAGCUUCCAAGUUUUUAAGAACUCUCCCAGAUAUGAUAACAGUUGUUAGAGAUACAGAUGUUUUGGACACAUGGUUUUCUUCAGGUGUUUAUCCAUUUUCGGCAUUUGGUUGGCCUGAACAUAACUAUAAACAAAAAUACAAGAGAUUCUAUCCAUUAAGCCUUAUGGUCACUGGCCACGAUAUACUUGGCUUUUGGGUGCAUAGAAUGGUCAUGUUAGGUUUGGAGUUGACUGAUAAAUUACCGUUUCACAAAGUCCUUUUACAUGGAAUCAUUUGUGACAAUAAAGGUGCAAAGAUGUCCAAAAGUAGAGGAAAUGUUAUUGAUCCAGUUGAUGUUAUAAAUGGUUUGUCUAUGGAAGAUCUUAAAGAAAAAGCCGCAGAAGCACACAAGGAAGGCGGACUUACGAAAGAAGAAUAUAACAGAGCAUUAGCAUUUUAUAAAUCUAAUUUCACUCAAACGAAUGGAAUACCUGAAUGUGGUGUCGAUGCUUUGAGAUUUACGCUCUUGUCACACGAUAUAAAAUCACGCUUUGUUAGUUUUGAUAUACAUCAAUGUAAUGCAAAUAAGCUGUUUUGCAAUAAAAUAUGGCAAAGCAUUAAAUAUAUUCAGUUAUCUUUUGAUAAGUUGAAACCGACUGAUAAUGAAGUAACAAAAAGUAAUUUGACAUAUUUUGAUAAAUGGAUUCUCAGCAGAUUAUCGGAUAUGGUUCAUAUAGUCAAUAAAUCGAUGGAUGCACAUGAAUUUCAUACGGCAACAAAAGCAUUGAAAAAAUUUAUUUAUGGCGAGUUUUGUGAUAUUUAUUUAGAAACAACGAAACUUGGGUUCGACAGCAAUGAUUCAAAUGUAUCUUACGCUCAUGGCCACACACUUUCAGCAGCUUUGAGUACUGCUCUGAGAUGUCUCUCGCCAUUUAUGAUUUAUUUGACUAGUGAAGUUAUACCGAAGAUUCCUCGCUUUGAAUCUAAUAUCAUCGUAAAUUUUAAUGAUACACAUAAUGAUUUUUUCGAUUUUCCCAGUUCGAAAGAUUUUGAAUGUUGGAGAGAUGUCGAGUUGGAGAAGGACGUAGAUAAACUUCUCAGUACUGUAUUUUUAAUUCGUGAACUAAAAGGAUUUUAUGGAGUGUCAAACAAAAUAAGACCUAGUGUGGUACUUAAAAGCAGCGAUAGUAAAUUAUGUAAAAGUAUACAAAAUAAUUUUUCAGUUGUCUUAGCUUUAUGCCGAUGUAGUAAUAUAGUAUUCGAAGAGCAACCAAAUGUAAGAUAUGUCAACUCAUUUUUAAAUAAAAGUACUGAAGUGUUGCUAGAAAUCAAAGGAGACGAUGUUGAUAAUACUAUAUCAAAAGCGAAAAGUAAGUUGCAGAAAAAAAUAAAGAAACUUGAAGAAAAUUUGGAAGUGAUAGAUAAAAGAUCAAAACAUCAAGAUUUAGACAUGGAAAAGAUUAUAGCAAAGAGAGAAGAAUUGAAGCGAUUGCAAAGACUGAUGUAAUGUUAUAAGAAAUAUAGACUUUCAUAGA